AGAACUUUUGGCUCAAGCCGUUUUGCUUCAACGGUCCUGUCUCCAGGGGGGGGCGGCCUGUGCGCUCGCUGGCGUGCGCGGGGCUGCAGCUUCUUCAAUGAAGAUGCUUCGAUACGAUCCUUGGACCGUGGAUGGCAGUAGUGACAGCCAGAGCCCAUCUAGCGAUGAUGGUGGCUCCGAAGAAGACGAGGGCUGCGAUCAGCACGGCAGCUUGGGUGCGUUGUUGAUCAAGUAUCGCCCAGACGUGGAUGGUUUGCGAGCUGUAGCAGUUACCGGCGUCAUAAUAUAUCACAUGAACGAGCAGUGGUUGCCUGGCGGCUAUACAGGGGUCGACGUGUUCUUCGUGAUCUCAGGGUACGUCGUCACAGGCUCUCUGCUCAGCCAUCAGAGCAGCAGUGUAUCAGAUUUUCUCUGCGGCUUUUAUGCGCGACGGAUCAAAAGAUUGGCCCCUGCAUUGUUGCUGGUGGUCGGAGUCACUGGGCUCAUUUUGGCGCUUACCGAACCGCCCAGUCUUCCUCAUGUGGACGAUUAUUUUGUGGCUGCUGCGUGUGCUGUGUGCGGCGUCGCUAAUCUGUUCUUCGGAUUCCUUUCGCAGCAAGGCGACGGCGGUUAUUGGGACCAGAUGACGGGCAAAGAUAGGACAGCUGCCAACCCGUACGUGCACACGUGGUCUCUAGGGGUUGAGGAGCAAUUUUACCUGGUCUUUCCUCUGCUCCUGAUGCUCACGCAUGGUCGGCCUGGCGCUGCGUCAGGGCUGGACCCUCGCCUGGUGUCGCCGGCGCCCGCCACCGCACUUGCAGCGUGCGCUGCGCUGUCGCUGUGCGUCUGCUGGUGGAUGACCGAGCGCGUGCCCGACCUUGCAUUCUACGCCCUGCCCGCGCGGUUCUGGGAGCUCGCCGCUGGCGCCAUCAUCGCCGAGCUGGAGGCGUCCAGGCGGUCCUGCUGGCCUGUGGCCUGGAGAUGCAAGGCGGCUCUAGCGGCCCAGCUGAUGGCGCUGCUGCUGCUGGGCUCAAGCUUCUGGUUCGUCACGCCGGAGGCCAUGGGCUUCCCCUUCCCUGGCGCCGUUCUCCCCGUCGCCGCGGCCAUCUGUUUCAUUGUCGCGGGGGAGAGCGACGAGAGCUUCCUGAAUCACAAGGUAUUGGGCGGCACGGUGGCGGUGUACAUCGGGAAGUUAUCCUACCCGCUCUAUCUGUGGCACUGGCCAGUUCUGACCUUUGCCAGCGAGUUCUCAUUGGCCGAUCCGGCAAGUCCGGCAGGGUGUCUCGUUCUGGCAUCGAUCACGUUUGCACUGUCCGCCCUGACCUAUCAUGCUGUCGAGGCGGGCUUUCGCGCCUGGCGCCCCAGCAGAACGCUCCGACCCAUCGCGUCUUCGCCGCGCUGCUCCCCGCCUCGCUGGCCCUCGCGGCCGGCCUCCUGCUCCUCCGCCGGCCCCCGCUGCGGGCCCCGCUCUUCGAGGCCGCGCUGGCCUGGGGCGCCCCCGCGGCGCCCGGCGGCCCCGCGGCGCGCGGCCUCCCCGCGGCCCCGGGCGCUCCGCUGCCCCGCACGGGCUGCGCGUGCACCAGGUACCAGAGUUCUUCCACGCCCCGCCAGCGGCGGUCAGUGGCGACAGGCCGGGCCUGCCUGCCUGCCUCGACUUGAGCUGGUCCGUGGCUCCCGAGGAGUGUUGGGCACAGUUCGUGUCCUGCGGCGGCUGGCUCUGCCAAGGCGAGGCAGACUGCCAUGCGCCGCACGCAGACCCCCAGAGGAGGUGUUCCCGAGUGAAGAGGAAGAACAAGAGGAAGAACUUGUCAAGUCCUCGAGCUGAGAUUCUGGCCAUGUCGCCAUGCCUCAGUCCCAGUGCCGACCAUCAGAGGAAGCCGAUCCUCCUUCUCCUAGGCGAUUCGCAUUCGAAUAGGCUCUUUCCAGGAUUGUCGCUUGCCCUGCGAGGCGAAUUCGAGAUCCACACUUGGGCUGGCGUGGGGGCCAGAAUUAUGUUCAGGAGAGGAAACUCGUGGAGUGGCGUCCGGGCGAGGCUGCAGCAAAUUGCUGCCAGUACCUUGCGGCCAGGAGACGUCGUGGCCUUCAGUUUCUACGUCAACAACCCGAAGCAGCGCGCCGACCAGGACUUCGUCAGCGAUUACGUGUCCUUUCUGCAUGAAUGGAGCGCCAUCGUCAAGUCCAAAGGCGCAACGCUCGUCGUUUUUGGGGACCCGUACUCGUUCCUGCCGACCGAGGACCCUAUCCGCUGCCGCGUGCUGCCAAUGCUCCAGCCGUCGUUCUGUUUCCCUGCCAGGGAGGAUGCGAUGCGGAGCCCAGUCCUUGUGGCCAUGAGUGCGGAGAGAGGCUGGCUGUACUUCGGCUUGGAUGGCCUUUUCUGCAACACGGAGUCUUGCGGCCCGUUCAUUCCUGGGACGAACUACUUGGCUUAUGAAGACACACAUCAUCUCGCCGAGGCUGGCAGCGCGUACCUGGCGCCCUUUAUAUGUUCGUUCUUCCGCGACCACGGGCUCUUUGGCGAUGCUCGUUGACAGCCGCUUCUGCUUCCCAGCAGGAACAGGAAGACCAUACGCAUCAAUAUACCAGAACCCUGAAUCUUUCUUCCGCGACCACGAGCUCUUCGGCAGUGCUCGUUGACAGCCGCUUCUGUUUUCCAGCAGGUACAGGAGCACAAUUCCCAAUACCAUACCAGCAUCCUGAAUUGAAUACACCUGUCAUUGUCCUCUCUCCUCGCCUUCCCUGCUCUCCCGCUCCUUCCCCCCUCUGUGCCACUCCUUCAGGAUCCCCCCCUCUCCUCCCCGCCGCCUGCUUUCUUCGUCCCGCCUUUGCUGCUGCUGUCCACACGUGGCAGUGUGCUUCCGCUGCGUCCGAGUCGCCGAAGCGUGCAAGAUGAGCGCGGGAAUCUGCGUUCCAACACAACUUCCCGUUCGGCCGAGCUGCCGAGUGCAUCGCGCGCUCGCGCCAAGAGGGCUGGUGGGAUUCUGCAUGCUCGGCGUGGCGCGUCCGGGGCCCGCGAUCUUGUCUCACAGUCGCAGACUGCCCGCUAACAUCGCAGCCCGAUCAUCGCACCGACUCGAGAAACCGAGGGCCACG